CAGCAGCAGCAACAGCUUCAUCACCACCAAAACCACCUGCCUUACGACAACAACGCCAGAACUAAUAAUAGCAGCACCACCCCCAACAGCAGCAACAACGACGACAACAACAACAUCAGCAUUGCCAACAACAACAGCAACAACACUGUGUUAUCUGACGGCAACUAUCUCCAGCUAGACCUGCAGCAGGAAAACUUUCACCAGUCCCCCGGAGGGAUGCCUCACGCCUACGAGCCCUGGCUCUCAGCCCACCCUUCCCACGCCCACCAGUACCCACAUCACCCAUCUGGCGGUCAAUCAGAACACUUACUUCCCCCUCCCCACCGCCACCACCCGCACCAGAUUCAUUUCCCCUCCCCCCACCACCUCACCCCUCCGUACAGCCACAGCUCCCCAGACGCGUACAAAGCCCCGCCCUCUCUCUACAACGACUCCGCCUACUUCAUGGGCAAAGACAUAAGCUCCCCCCAGCCCUUCCUGUACCCACCCCUCCCCUCUCUGGGUAGAGAAAUGAGAUGCGAACUCCCUCGCUCCCACGACGUGCCAGUAUCCCCUACAAUCCCCACCAAAAGCCUGUGUGGUAGCGAGUAUGUCGCCAAACAGAGCACAAGAGCGAACAGUGAGGGAGAAAACUCUCUCCUUGCCAUGAACGUUUUCGCCAAACAAGCUGCGGAGACUUUAACAGAGUCGGAGAAAUACUCCCAGCUGUCUCCGUCCACAGACGGCUGUGUGUCGCCCUCAAGCGGCUCUUACGUCGGCAGUCCGGGCACUCUGACAUCUCCGACAUGCCCAGACAAGGCACCGUUAGUUCGUAGUUUGUCUGUCCAGCCGGGAUCUCAGCACAGACAAUAUCUGGUGACGUCAGCGCCAGGUUCCGGCGAGCACACGCCCAUGUCCACCAGCCUGUCCAUGUCGUUGCCUAGCUACACAGACACCUUCGGAAAGUCGGACUUCCUGCGCGCACAUCGAUCCUUGAGCAACUUUGACCACCACGACUUCAAAGCUCGGUCAGAGCUCGACUUUCGGUUCCCGGCGCCACUCGACGUGAGAGAGCAGCACCAUCAGACACACACGGACUUUCUCCUCCCGGGCAAGCUUCACAACUCGGGAUUCGACUCCACCCCCUCCUCGCUGCUCGCUGACCUGCUCACCCCUCCCAGACCCCACGACAUCCUCCGGUCCAAAGGUUUCUACACGGACACUCUAGUCCCGAGCCCCGUGCACAGCUCUAUAGAAAACUUCCCGAAGAGCCCGUCUUGUUCUGUGUUCACUGCCACACCCAGUAUUCCCCCACAGUCGUACAAACAGUCAACAGCAAACAGCACCAUGUUCUCCGGUCUCUCCAGCUUCCUGGAACCGUCUUUAGGUCUGACGGGAAGAAUAGCUCCAGACACUUCCUCUUUAGCUAGUCACGUGACUUCAGAUCUCAAUUUUUCCUACGAGAAACUCCACGAGAGAUCCUCGCUUCCAAAACCCGAAGCCAUCCACCCCCAUAGCGGCGUCAAAUUGCCCAAAGUGCCAGACCUUGGACACACUUCGAGCAGCCUGACUCCCAAUUCUUCCUCUUUACCACAUGAAGUGUUAUCCAAACAGCAAAGUACCCAGUCCACAAACAAACUCGAUGACGUUUACUGCUCAGCCUUCUGCCUGGAGAACCCCUUCAUGCACAAACGGCCGCCAUACUUCGAGAUGGCUCACCAGCAGCUGUUGAAGGACUACAGCCCCGGUGACGUCACAGACUGCCCACACGGCCGCCAGCAUGACAUCAUUGACCAGUCUGCGUCACCCUGUUCGUCUGCUCACAGCAGCGACGCUUCCGGUCUGCCCAUCUUCCCGGCCUGUGAGCUGGGCUCUUCUUUAGCACACAGCCAGCCACUGAGGAAAUCCCCGACCGAGCAAAAUGUCGACGGCCGACAUGACAUGGCCUCAAGUCCCUGGAGACAUGCCGGUCACAACACUUUCCACAACACUGGCAAUGAUCCUCACAGCAUUAACAUCAUCGACAACAACAACAGCAGCAACAACAACAACAGCAGCAACAACAACAUCAGCAACAACAACAACAACAACAACAACACAAACAGCAUCCCAAAAUUCACAAUCAUGGGAGAGUCCAGUCCACCCAACGCCAUACCCAUUUCCCCUCCCACUGCCCCGCCCGCAGUUUUGGAGACUCCGCCCACCGCCCCACCUACAGUGCUGGAGACUCCACCAACCGGCCUGCCCACAGUAUUGGAAGCUCCGCCCACCGCUCAGACCUCAGUGUUGGAGAUCUCCGGUAGCCCGGAGCUGCCCCUCAGAACCACAAGGAAAAGUUCCUUUGAGGAAAGUUUCCCCGGUGACAGCUCGGCCAAGUCCGAGUCCAGUCAGGAGAAGAGAAGUUGUCCCAGUGGCCCUGACCUCUCGUGUGUGACCUCUCUCACGCAGGGUCAAGGUCAAAAUAGCUACCUCGAUCUCAAACCUUCUUUCAGGGGACACAACUCUCAGUUUGUGGAGAGCCCGUUCGCAAGGGGAGCAAUCGGUGACUCGUAUCUACAUUGUUGAUGACGACAGGGUAAAAGUAAAAGUAAAGUCUAACACCCCCCGCCACCCCACCCCGACCCCCAUGUCUUAUGGGGGUUCACCUGAUUCCUUUUCCUGUAAGACACAGCGCCGACCCCACUGUGCCCCC